AUGAAAUUCGUUAUUGUGUUUUUCGCUUUAUUCGCUAUUGCCUUCGCAGCUCCACAAAAGGAUGCCGAGACAUUGCGUUAUGACUCGCAGGUCGAACCAUUGAACUACCAAUACAACGUUGAGACCAGUGAUGGAAAAGCUGCCCAAGAACAGGGUGUAGUGCAAGAUUUGGGCUCUGAAGACGAGGCUAUCGCUGUCCGCGGCUUCUACUCGUACAUCGGAGAUGAUGGUCAGACCUACAGAGUGGACUACAUUGCCGACAAAAAUGGUUUCCAACCUCAAGGCGCCCAUAUCCCUGUUGCCUAA